AUGUUAGACAAAGGCUAUAAACUUCUACAGCAUGCAGGCAAGAGACUCUCUGGCCCGGCCGUGUUGAGCCGCCUGCGCGACUCUGCGGUGGUGCGGCCUGGUUUCCUGAGCGCGGUCGAAGAGGAGAUGCUGAGCCGUGAGCUGGAACUCGAGCUGCGCCGCCGCCACUACGAAUAUGGCCACUGGGACGCGGCCAUCCACGGCUUCCGAGAGACUGGAAAGGCGUGCUGGACAGCGGCAAGCCGGGCCAUCCUGCAGCGCGUGCAGGCGGCUGCCUUUGGCCCUAACCAGACCCUGCUGUCCUCCGUGCACUUACUGGACCUGGAACCUCGAGGCUACAUCAAGCCCCACGUGGACAGCGUCAAGUUUUGCGGAGACACCAUCGCCGGCCUGUCCCUGCUGUCUCCCAGCGUCAUGCGGCUCGUCCACACCCAGGAACCUGGGGAAUGGCUGGAGCUCUUGCUGGAGCCAGGCUCCCUGUACAUCCUUAGGGGCUCAGCCCGCUAUGACUUCUCCCAGGAGAUCCUUAGAGAUGAAGAGUCGUACUUUGGGGAUCGUCCGGUAGCCCAAGGCCGCCACAUCUCAGUGAUUUGCGGCUCCCUGCCAGGGAUUCACAUCUAUUUUCUAAAUAUAAUUUAUCACACCACACCCUCCAACAAAGUGCCAUUCCUUUGGAAUUCUUCUCCCUCUUUUAAUCUCAGUUUUAUAGUAAAAAUCCAAGGGUUUAUUUUACUUUUACUGUGUUCCCUUGAUAUGCUUUUUCUAGCACAAAUGUGA